UUGCAGAUAAAUCUUGCUACUGGAUUCAACCAAACACUUUCCGGUGACGCAAACCUUCCGAUGCUAACCUGCGUCAAUUCAAACCAGCAGCCAUGGAAUUCGACACUCCCUACACUUAUUCAUCUCCCAAACUGCAAAACCCAAUUCGAUAUAAACCAAAUCCAUGCUCGAUUACUAACAACCGGAUUCAUCAAAAACUCUUAUCUAACUACGAAACUAAUCCUCAAUUUUGCUUCUUCACCACACACUCCCCUAAUCCAAUUCGCUCGCCAUAUCUUUUUCUCGCAUUCGAUUCCGCGGAGCUCAAAAAUGAAGGACCCUUUUGUUUGGAAUGCCAUAAUCAAAACCUUUUCACAUGGGGAUGACCCAAAACAAGCUGUUUUUGUUUUGGGCUUGAUGCUUCAGAACAGGGCUUGUGUCGACAAGUUCUCAUUUUCGUUGGUUUUGAAAGCGUGUUCACAGAUGGGGUUGAUUAGAGAAGGAAUGCAGGUUCAUGGGUUUUUGAUAAAGAUUGGACUUACAAGUGAUUUGUAUUUACAAAAUUGCUUAAUUUCUAUGUACGUUAGAGGCGGAUGUGUUGAGUUUGCGCGUCAAGUGUUCGAUAGAAUGCCCGAGAGGGAUUCAAUUAGUUUUAAUUCGAUGAUAGAUGGAUACGUUAAGUGCGGGAUGAUAACAUCAGCGCGUGAAUUGUUUGAUUCCUUGCCAUCGCAGAUGAAGAAUUUAAGGUCUUGGAAUUGUAUGAUUAGUGGAUAUGCGGUUGUGGAAGAUGGUUUUAGCCUCGCUUGGGAGUUGUUCGACGAAAUGCCUGAGAGAGACAUGGUUUCAUGGAACUUGAUGAUUCGUUGCUGCAUAAAGAGCGGGAAGAUCGAUUUAGCACGUACACUCUUCGACAGAAUGCCAGAAAAAGACGUCAUCAGCUGGGCUAAACUGAUAGAUGGGUAUGCAAAACUGGGCAACAUUAACACUGCUCGACACCUGUUCGAUGAAAUGCCUCAACGAGACAUAAUCUCAUGUAACGUCAUAAUGGCUGGAUAUUUACAAAACGGAGGUUCUUUAGAAGCCUUAAACAUCUUCCACAACAUAAUGAGUGACAACAAUCUCACUCCUGAUGACACCACUUUUUCACUAGCCCUUUCUGCAAUCGCACAAUUAGGGUAUGCCCAUGAAGGUAUCACUAUCCAUACAUAUAUAAACAACAAAGGUCUUAAAUUAGAAGGAAAACUCGGGGUUGCACUCAUAGACAUGUAUUCAAAAUCAGGCAUGAUAGAAACCGCUAUGCAUGUUUUUGAAACCCUAAAACAAAAAAACAUUGAUCAUUAUAAUGCCAUGAUUGGUGGUUUAGGCAUCCAUGGAUUUGGGAAACAAGCUUUCAAUAUGUUUCUUGAAAUCCAAACACUUAACCUAAAACCAGACGCGAUCACAUAUCUAAAUGUUCUAAACGCGUGUGCUCAUUCGGGAUUACUAAAAGAAGGUGUCAUGUGCUUCAAAAUCAUGACAAACAAAAUGGAGCCAGAAAUCCAACAUUUUGGUUGCUUAAUUGACAUAUUUGCCCGUGCAGGGAAAAUAAAAGAGGCCAUGGGUAUUAUAGACCAAAUGCCCUUUGAGCCAAAUGGUGUGAUGUGGCGUACUUUGUUUAGCGCGUGUAAGAAUCUUGAAAAUACCAUAGACACAAAAAUUCCAAUCUUGAAGGAUGAAAUCAUGAUGGAUUGUUAUGAUUCAAGUAAUUAUAUCUUGUUAUCUAACAUUUAUGCACGAUUUGGGAUGUGGGAUUUUGUUAGAAAGGUGAGGGGAAUGAUGAAAGUAAGGAAAAUAAAGAAAGUUCCCGGGAGAAGUUGGAUAGAACUUGAUGGAACUUUUCAUGAAUUUUUUGUGGGAGAUGGGUGUCAUCCACAAGUUGAAGAGAUUUAUUCGGUGUUGGAUAAUUGGUCUCAUGUUAAAUCUUUCGGGUUAGAGUCGAAAUUUGAAUCUGAUUUGUUCCUGAUUGGUAGCUAGAUUUGAAUAUAACUAGUUUUGUGUAUUUUGUAUAGGCUUAAAUGCAAGAAAUAGUAAUGUACUUUUAUAUAUUUGUGUAUUAUAGUAUCUUACUUUUGUUUCUUUC